GUGUUUGCAGUCUGUCCGUGUAUAUUUGUUGACAGCCGCGAGUAGUCCGUCUGCACAUCUCUGGAACUGUCUUGUGUCUGAACAUCGUCACAAUUUCUGCCAAAAUGUUUGAAAUAAUUAGAGCGUAGUGCUGCUAUAGCUACUACCGUGCGUCUGUCAUGUUUAUGCCGUAAUAGUGGGAAUGUCACCCGCUAACAACACAUGCUAAAAUUAAGCUUUAUUAGCCUGCUAACAUCCAAGGCACCCUGCACGUUACACCGUCAUGUGUCUGUGACAGCGUAAUUAUUUUAACUCUUAUACAGUGCAAAGCUAAUUACCACGAUUGUUUGAAGGCAUGACCAUUGGCUUCUUCAGCGAGAUGUUUACUGUUUCCAGUUAGCCAGCCGGCAAAGAAGCUAACAUGGGAGUUACACCAGACAGGCUGACCUCUCACAACAUGCCUCUCAGAAGUUAAGGUACUAGAUGAUUAAACAGAAUGACCAAAGACUCCAUGCAUCAUGGCAUUAUCUGAAGUUCAUUGGGAUCGCCAGAUACCCCUGCCAAAGCUCACUCCAGCUCAAGCCAAGGUCACUGUCGCCCUGGUGGCACUCCUGUGCUUCAUUAACAGUUAUGACGGGGAGUUUGUGUUUGAUGAUUCAGAAGCAAUUGUCAACAACAAGGACUUGAGACCAACGACACCCCUCAGCAACAUCUGGAGCAAUGACUUCUGGGGAAGCAACCUGAGUAGCAACAUCAGUCACAAAUCUUACCGACCUCUCACAGUCCUUACAUUUAGGCUGAACUACCUCUUGGCAGGAGGCCUGCACCCUGUUGGCUUCCACGUGCUUAACAUCAUCCUCCAUGCUGUCAUAUCUGCCCUUAUGAUUGACGUGUUUGCUAUACUGAUUGGAGGGCUUGCCUAUGAUGAAAAGGGUAGGAUGCUGAACCAUGCUCCCAAGACCUCUCUGCUUGCUGCCCUCUUCUUUGCUGCACACCCGAUUCACACUGAAAGUGUGGCAGGUAUAGUGGGUCGGGCAGACCUUUUGUGUGCUCUGUUCUUCCAGCUUUCUUUCCUCACCUACUGCAAAGCUUUCAGUGGAGGGAAUGACAGAGAUGACAGGUUUUCUGUCCAGUGGGUUGUGGUCAGCCUCUUGCUGUGUGCUGCAGCGAUGCUGUGUAAAGAGCAAGGCAUCACAGUCUUGGGUGUGAAUGCAGCCUUUGAUGUCCUCCUAAUCUGUAAUGUUAACAUGUAUGAACUCAGCCAGAGGCUGCUCCUUAGGAAGAAUUCACUUGAUGUAAGCGAGAUAUUGCGAAAGGGGCUGCUUACACGAUUGGCUCUCAUGGCUCUCGGAGGACUGUCAAUGCUCUAUGCACGCUGGAGGAUCAUGGGAACAGGACCACCGGCAUUCACUGAAGUGGAUAACCCUGCUUCUUUUGCAGAAAAUAUACUUCUUCGAAUACUGAACUAUAAUUACUACUACUCUCUGAAUGCCUGGCUGCUGCUGUGUCCCUGGUGGCUGUGUUUUGAUUGGUCCAUGGGCUGUGUUCCUCUCAUUAAGUCAGCCACUGAUUGGAGGAUGGUGUGGCUGUUGCUGCUCUGGUGCAUCCUGAUAGGCUUGAUAAACCAAGCCUUAUGCUCACAGGACAGCCAGAGAAGGAGGACAUUGACCUUGGGUCUGGUGCUGCUGAUCGUCCCUUUCCUGCCGGCCUGUAACAUUUUUUUCAGGGUGGGCUUCGUCAUUGCUGAGAGAGUGCUUUACCUGUCUUCAGCUGGCUACUGCCUACUGCUAGCCUACUCCCUGGGACACUGCUGCUGCCGCUGGUCCAAAUACAGGAAGCUGCUGUGUGUGUCUACGCUUGCACUUCUGUGUGUGUAUGUAGCUCGCUGUGCUCUCCGCAGUCAGCAGUGGCAGUCAGAGCAAAGCCUCUUCACCAGCGCCCUGUCCGUGUGUCCGCUCAAUGCCAAGGUACAUUAUAAUGUAGGCAAGAACCUGGCUGACAGAGGAAAUACCACUGCUGCUAUUGGAUAUUACAGAGAGGCAGUCAGGCUUCAUCCUUCCUACGUCCAUGCCAUGAAUAACCUGGGGAAUAUCCUUAAGGAGAGGAAUGAACUGAUUGAGGCAGAGCAGCUGUUGUCUAAAGCUGUUUCUAUUCAGCCUGACUUUGCUGCAGCGUGGAUGAAUCUGGGUAUCGUUCAGAACAGCCUGCAGAAAUUUGAGGAAGCAGAGAAGAGCUACUGGAAUGCCAUUCGCUUCCGUAAAAAAUACCCAGACUGCUACUAUAACCUAGGACGCUUGUAUGCUGACCAGAACAGACAUGUUGAUGCCUUGAACGCAUGGAGGAAUGCAACCAUGUUAAAGCCUGACCACAGCCUGGCUUGGAACAACAUGGUCAUUCUGCUGGACAACACUGCUUGUUCCAGCAUUAACAGCCAAGAAACACAGCACUGUUAUUUUGGAAAGGCAGGAAAUCUAAAUGGCCAACAAGAUUAGACCGGAAGAGCAGGAAUCAGUAAUGCUUGAAAUUUAUGUAUUAAAGCUUUGUGUUGUGAGUUUUGAAGGCACUCUUCCCUGCCGUGUGGAGAAUGCUCUGAUUUCCAAAAAGCUCGAGCCGUUUUGUCAGAAGCUGCUCCCGUGGGGGCGGAGUCUCCCAGGAGGGCACUGGAACUGUCCAAUCAGAGCCCAGUAUGUUCCUGAUCAAACAUGGGCAAGCACAGCCAGAACAGCGCCCCCUCAGAGUUCCCCCACCGCAUUUGUUCCCCAAAUCUGACAGAAAUAAUUCUACUCCUCUCCCCAGCUACCCCACCAAACAAAAAAAGAGAGAAAAGCAGAACAAUAGGUGUCAUUUUCAAAUAGCAAGGAAUGGGGAAUAUUCUUUUCUCUUUGAUGCUCAAUCCCCCCUCUUUUGUUUUGAUCAUUACACAAACAAAAGGCGGAAUCAGUGUACAUUCAGGCUCUCAGCCACGGUCACACAUGUGGUCACAUGUUUGUAAGCUGUGUGUCAAGGGCACAGGCCAUGACUCAUGACGUGGCUGUCGUUGUCGUCUUUCUGUCUGUCUCUCUACCUGUCUCUCUCUUUCUCGCUCUCUCUUUCUCCACUUCUGGCCAGACAUCAGAUGGGUCUGUGACAGAGAUCAAUAACCCAGUGGGCCUUGUGUUCAACCUUAAUUAGGAGACUAAACCGCUCCUCCAUGUGUGGAGAGGGAAAAACUCAGCUUUAGAUACUGCUGACAAAUAAAGGAAGCAGUCAGAUUUUCUCCAUACCAGCUGUUUUUAUAUUGUAUGAAUGUUAACACACAGUUUUAGUGGCGUGUAUGUUGGCUAAUGCAUCAGUAGAUUACACUAAAAGUAUAUGUGAGCGUGUGUCAAGUUUUAUGUGCUAUGUGUGUGUGUGUGUGUAUCAGCAGGAGUUAAUGUCUCACAUUUCAUACAUGUU